CCGGUAAAAUGCCAACACACCCUCCUCACCGUCCAAAAAAUUUUAGAUAAAACGAAUAGAGCGUCCAUUUCGUAUAAAAUAUGUUGUGAGCAAUACGAAGUUCUGCUGGAGAUGCUUACUUGUAGAUCUUUGCAAAAAUUACCUUUGCACCGAAUUUCAAGAGCCUUUAAAGGAAAUAAGGAUGCAUUUGUAUUUAUUACGUCUGUGCAACAGAAGCAUCGCUCAGUUACAAAUUUAUAUAAUUUGCAAAAUAAAUCCAGAUUUUGGUCACAAACUGAGAUAAGAAGAAAUUUAAGCAUUACAACUCUAAAGUUUAAUGAGUUUCAAAUAGUUCACACACCUCCUUUUGCAGAGUCUGUUACUGAAGGGGAUGUAAGAUGGGAAAAAGCUGUGGGUGAUGCGGUAUCAAUAGAUGAAGUAGUUGGGGAAAUAGAGACAGACAAAACAGCCUUGCCUAUUGUUUCACCAGCUUCAGGUUUUAUUGAUGAACUUUUUGUUGUUGAUGGUGGUCGUGUUGGAAAGGGCGACCAGCUUUUUAAAUUACGAUUAGGAGGUGCUCAGCCCAAAAAAAAUGUAGAAAAGGUCAUAGAAGAUAAAUUACCACAGUCAGUUCCUGAGUCUAAGACCAGCUCAGAACCUUCACCUGUAUUGCCUCCAUCACAUGUUGCUGAUAAAUCCACCAUUCAAACUCCAAUAGCAGUUCGUAAACCAACUCCACCACCUUCUAUAUCUCAGUCAAAUUUUCCUUCAAGUUCAAUAACUCCAGAUACGUCAUCAUCAAUAAACAUUGAAGUAAAAGAAGUAAAGACAGCACCAACUCGUAUUAGUGGAACUAGAAAUGAAACAAAAGUUAAAAUGAACCGAAUGCGCCUUCGAAUUGCUCAAAGGUUAAAAGAAGCUCAAAAUACAAAUGCAAUGCUAACCACAUUCAAUGAAGUUGAUAUGAGUAAAGUAAUGGAAAUGCGAAAAAAUUACAAAGAUAUUUUCUUGAAAGUUCACAAAUUAAAACUUGGUUUUAUGUCAUGUUUUUUAAAAGCAUCUUCCAAUGCCCUCACUCAAAUGCCAAUUGUUAAUGCUGUGAUUGAAGAUAACUACGUGGUAUAUCGUGAUUUCGUAGAUAUAAGUGUUGCUGUGGCCACGCCAAAAGGUUUAGUUGUUCCUGUUCUUCGAGAUGUAGAUAAAAUGAACUUUGCAGACAUUGAACGUGGAAUGAAUUUAUUGGGAGAAAAGGCACGGGAUGGCACAUUAGCUGUAGAAGACAUGGAUGGUGGUUCAUUUACGAUUUCCAACGGUGGUGUUUUUGGAUCUCUAAUGGGCACUCCAAUUAUUAAUCCUCCUCAAUCAGCAAUUCUUGGAAUGCAUGGAAUUUUUGAUCGACCUGUUGCUAUAAAUGGAAAGGUGGAAAUUCGGCCGAUGAUGUAUAUCGCUCUAACUUAUGAUCACCGUUUGAUUGAUGGAAGGGAAGCAGUGACUUUUUUGCGUAAAAUUAAACAAAACGUUGAAGACCCACAAGCAAUGUUUUUAGAUAUUUAAAUUUUUGAAGCAAGUUUUGUAGUCGGUAAAUAAUUUUUGAGAGUUCGGCUUGACAAAAUUUUUUUCAUUUUAAACAUUAAAUUAAUUAGAAAACUCACGUUAUUUAAUCAUAUUGCGCAAGGUUUGUAUUAUCUAGGCCAUGUUAGAAAAUCAUACUAGACAGCUCUAUGUUACACUUUUCAAUAUAUUAAUAUAUAUUUUUUUGUUUUGUUAAUUUUUUUUAAUGUACAAACUAUUAUUUAUAGGUGCAGAAACUUUCAGAUUGUUUGUAAUGCGUUGAAUUAAGAUUUUGUUAACUAAGAAUUAUGAAACUAGGUUUUCUUGAUUAUAAUGUUUUUCUAAGGUUUUAGGUUAUACAUGUUUUUUUUUUAAAGGUUUUAGGGUAUAGACGUUUGUUACAAUAUAAAAAUAUAUAAGCUUUUAUUGAAUUUAAUAUCUUUUACGCAUUAUAAAUGUCAAGAGUAGACAUUGUGUUAGCUUUUUCUAUAUUUGAUUUCCCAUCGAAUAAGAUUAUUAUAUGAUUUCGCUGA